AUGGAUCAGUAUAGGAGCGAUAUAAAGGAUAUUCUUGGUACAGUAAAUCGUCAAACUGUGUCAGCUAAACAAGUUCGACAAUUACUGGAAGAAAAAAAGAAGGUUGAUUUAAGUUCGAGCAAAAAAGAGUUAAACGCACUAAUUUUGCAAUGUUUCGAUGAAACAGCUGCUCCUCAGAGCGGAGGCGGCUCGGAGACAAAGCCCGCCAGGAAGUCUCGUGGCUCCAAGAACACUGAGGACGGUGCUGCUGAAGGCGCUAAGCCAGCUAAGAAGACUAGAAAGCGCAAGGGUGCUGAAGAAGGUGAAGACGGUCAGAAAAAGAAACGCAAUGUGGACCCGGCCAACAACCCUUUGAACAGGCCCAUGCAGUUGGACCCCAAGCUUGCCGAGUUUCUUAAUGUCGAACAGAUGUCUCGUCCUCAAACCGUAAAAAAACUAUGGGAGUACAUUAAGGCCAACGAUCUCCAGGACCCCAAUGACAAGCGUACCAUCUUGUGUGAUGACAAGUUGAAACAUGUAUUCAAUGUGGACAACCUUCACAUGUUUACCAUGAACAAGUACUUGACUUCGUUAAUGACCAAGAUUCCUGAUGACAAGCUCCCCAAACAACCAGCCCCAGCGGAACCUGCAGCUGAGAAGGUUGAAACACCCGAAAACGCUGAAAAUACUGAAAACCCUGAGGAAGAGAGCAAGCCUGAAGCUUCUCCCGAGGAGGAGGAGGAAGAUAACAAAGACGAGUAA